CCUUUCAGAAUAGCUGCAGUCAAGAUUGCUCUGUCUGAAUAAGUAGUCGAAAGUAAAUAUCGUCAUUAAAAAAAAAUAGUAGUUUGAGGACAGUAAUCUGAUCGCGGGUUCAAUCGCAGUCUAAGCAAAACCUUGUCGGUGAUCAUUCCCUUUUGUUUUUGGGGAUUUUUAUUUUUUUUUGCAUUUAUUUUUAUGCCAUUCGCUAAUUCUUUCGAAUACGAAGUUGUGCUGUAGAGAAGAUGGCAAGACCUCUCCCCUUAAAUCCAGCAUUUUUACCUCCAACUCAUGGCGUUCUUAAAUCCUUGCUGGAAAAUCCAGUGAAAUUGCCACUUCACCACGAAGAAGGACUUUUAAAUUUUUUAGGUUUUGGGAAAGAAAAAGAGAAGAAGUUAGAUGAUGAUGGAAAUGCACCACAGUCAGCUUUUCUGGGCCCAACACUGUGGGACAAGACUUUGCCUUACGAUGAAGACAACUUUCAGUUGGAAUACAUGGACCUUGAGGAGUUUCUGUCUGAAAAUGGAAUCCCUUCGAGUCCCUCUCGGCAUGACCAAAACCAGCACCAGCACCAACACCAGCACCAACACCAGCACCAGCAGCCAUCCCUGCAGCAGGUGCCACCUCAAGCUGUCCCUUCCGUCAUGGACCUCAGCAAUCGUGCCACCACAUCCGUUCACCCAGCCAUGGUCGCUCAGAACUGUAUGCACAACACAGGCCGAUCAGUACUGCCAUCAUCUCGCAAUACCCCCAGCCCCAUCGACCCGGAGAGUAUCCAGGUGGCGAUGAGCUACGAGCCCGACCCGGCCGAUCUGGCCCUGUCCAGCAUCCCCGGGCAGGAGAUGUUCGACCCCCGCAAGCGCAAGUUUUCCGAGGAGGAGCUGAAGCCUCAGCCCAUGAUCAAAAAGGCACGCAAGGUCUUCAUCCCCGACGAAAUGAAGCAGGAUGACAAAUACUGGUCAAGACGCAGAAAGAACAACGUGGCCGCCAAGAGGUCGCGGGACGCCCGCAGGCUGAAAGAGAACCAGAUCGCUAUCCGCGCCAACUUCCUGGAGAAGGAGAACUCGGCCCUGCGCCAGGAGGUGGCGGAUCUGAGGAAGGAGCUGAGCCGCUGCAAGAACGUCGUCGCCAAAUACCAAGCUCAGCACGGGCCUCUGUGAGCGGGCAAUCUCCCGUCCUCCUUCCCCUACCCCACCGGCACAGGCCUCUGUGAGCGGCCAAUCUCCCACUCUCCUUCCCCUACCCUACCAGGUCAAGAGUUUGAAGGACAAUUCAGUAGCACAUCCCCACUCCCCACCCUAGCCUUCACCCCCCCUAAUUCUAUUUCUGUUUUCGGCACUUUACCAGAAGCAGAAAAGAUGGCUGUCUAUAUAUAGAUAUUAUAUUGGUGUUUCUUUUCUUUCAAGCAACCUGCUACCCCAUCUCCAAUCUUUGAAAUGUAUAGAAAUGAAAUUUCCUUUUCUCUUUACCUGUUCUGUACAUAUUAUGAACUGUUGUACCAUUUCUUUUCUCCCUUGUAUAUAUUUAAUUUUACUUUAUUUGUCUUUUUUUAGUGUAGCUCUUGAACUGAAUAUACUACCUACUGCCCUAUUGUCUUUGUUUGUUACUUCUUUAUAAAUAGGAACAGGAUAGGCCUUUGGAAGAACAGUUCCUGUAUCUCAGAUACUUCAGUGUACAUUGUCUUCAUUUCUGUGUUACAACUGUUUUCUAACAUUUUAAUUGUGGAAUUUUUUUUCUAGUACAUUGAGUGCAUCAUUUUGAGCUUCCCUUGUGGAAGUCAAUAUUGUUUUGUUUAGUUAAUUGUGAUCUCAUCUAUUGUAUCUAUUAAUUUUAAAGUGAUGUCCGAUAACACUAGCGUCUGUACUUGCUUUUAAUUUAAUGCACACUGAGGGAUUAGCUCUUCACCUCCCACACAACUUGGUAUAAAUGAUUACUUUAAAUUAAAACACCAGAACAUAAAGCAAUAAUACCAGCAUUUGCAAGAAUAUCUUAUAAUGUAUAUCUUAUGAAAUUAAUCCAAUCUCCCUCCUUGGUUCCAGCAGAACUAGCUAGCAGGUUUCAUAGCACGGGUUAAUAGUUAAUUGCUAUUAACAGAGAAAAAGGCCAUUAUUUACAGAACAGUCACUUUCCAGAGAGACUCCUAAACCUAAAAUGGCUACCUGAGAGAAACCUUUUCAGUUUCCCUUCUGUUCAGCCUAAAUUCAUGUAUGUUUUGAACUUGAUUUAUUAUUACUAUUACUCUGAUUUGUAUUGAUAAUGGAAUCAAUUUGAGAACCAGUGCUUUAUCAUUUUUUUGACCAUGAUCAAUUAUUUUGUCAUAUUUUGGUCAUAUUUUAUAGGUAUAUGUUUGACUUGUAUGUCAGGCAUGAAAUGAAUGUAAAAGAUGUUCAACAGAAAGGUGGAUGGUGUUGUCCUAAACUGUGGUUACCUAAAUCAACUUAUUAAUGUUUACUGCUGACCAAAAUCUAUAAUACAUGAGAUAUAAUGCUUAUAAGAGUUUUAAUGUUUAUACAAAACUGUAAGUUGUUCUUGUACAGUAUUUUUCUUCCUCUACAGAUUCUAAGAGUGUAUUUUAAGUGGCACAAUAACAUUUACAUGCACAAACACGCACACACACACACACACACACAUACACACACAGGCAUCAAGAGUUGGGCUUUACAUGUAAUUUAUAAUGAUGUAUAAUUCAACUCACAGGACUGCUGUUGCAUUUAUUGCACAUUACUGUUUUUGUCCAAAAACAAAAGUGUUCCAGCACACAGAAUGUUGUGGGCAUCAUUAUGACAUUUUUUCUACCACAUAGACAAAACGACAUGAGAAUAGCCUGCAGCCCCAGACACACCAAAACCUGAGUAUUAUGAAAAAAUGCACCAAAUAAACUACACAUACAUGAUAUAGGGUAAUAUCAAGGAAUAGCAAUACAUACAUGUAUGCAUACAAUCACUGCCAUAAUUUCAGUUUUAGAAACACCUGGCUGAAAAAAGAGAUGAUAUUAUUGUAAUCUUCAGCUAAAUGUUGGCUUUCACUGACGUAGUGAAUGGUUACAACUUCUUACCUAUCAGUUGUUUUUACGUUGCUUUCUUCUAUCUGUUGUUUCAGGAAGCAUGGAUAACAUUGUGGAGAUAGUUGAUUUGAUUUAAUUGCUGAACAUUAUCAUUGGCACACAGAGCUUUCAUGGUUAAACAUGUUCUGAACAUACUGUAAAUGAGGUUUAGUUCUAUGUACAAUACAACAUGUUAUAUUGUACUGGUUCAGAUACUAUUGGAAGAGAAGAAUUUGAUAUACAUGUAAAUAUAUUUUAUAAAUAAUGAUUAUUUGCGGAUAUUGUAUGUGCAGAUAUUUGUUGGGAGUAUGAUGGCUAAGAAAUUUCCUCAUUUCGGAAACUUUAAGACAGGCAGCCAGACCAGGAAUAAUGUUAACUAAUACUGGUGUUAAAACAGGCUAAAGGCGCCUCUGGUCUUGCUGUACUGUUGUGGGCUUACAUUUACAAGGUAUUCCUUUCAGAUUUCUCACGGUUGUUUUUCUUUUCUGGUUUUGUGUUUCUUGCUGGGGUACAUAAUGAAUGGGAUCUGAGGUUUUACUAAACCCAACCUUUUAACGGAAUUUCCACCUCCCACUUACUGAGCUCUUUUGCUACUAGAAAAAAAAAUGCAAGAACUCAGGAUAAAGCCAGAAUGAAUACAAUUUACCCUCAUCCAGUGUGUAUAUAUCUACCUCAUAUAAAGGAAAAUAACUAUGAUUUUGAGUCUGUUCAAGUGCCUUGACUACAUGCUGGUUGUACCACAGUCACUCAACAAUCAGUUCACAGUGCGUUCCUGAGUCUUCACAAGCCCACUUGGAAAGGCUCAGAACUGCACAGAAGGGCUGUCCAGUCCACCAUUUUAUUAGAGCAUUAUUGAUUCUGAUGCUACAGUGGGAUGGAUACAUGGUAUUUCUGGCAACACCAGCAGGCUGUUUCUCUGAGGGUACAUUAAUACAAAUAAAAUGAUAUAUAUAUAUCUUGUUUGUCAUGGAAUGGAUAAUGUUACAUAUGCUGUUCAGCCCAGCUCCUUUUUCUGUAUGUAAUUCUUAAUGUUAAAUAAAGUCUUUACAAUUUC